AUGAGUCAGCCAAAGGUCAUCAAUCUCAAGAGUGACACCCAGUCUCUGCCAACUGAGCAGAUGAAGCAGUUCAUGAUAAAAGCGGAACUAGGAGACGAACAACACAAUGGAGACCCAACUACCGCAGAGCUAUGUAAACGGGUAGCAAAGCUUCUUGGAAAAGAGGAUGCAGUGUUUCUCCCAUCAGGCACCAUGUGUAACCAAAUCGCAAUCAACGUCCACUGCCGACCAGGAGAUGAAAUCGUCUGUGAGCGAACAAGCCAUAUUGUCAACUACGAGACAGGGGGCCCCGCUGCGAACUCGGGAGUAAUGAUUCAUGCAAUCGACGGAGAGCGCGGAAUCUUUACGGCGAAGCAACUUAAGAGUGCUAUCAGAGCCCCUUCACGAUAUUUCCCUGAAAGUAGACUGCUUUGUGUUGAACAGACGGCAAACCUCGGCGGAGGAGCGAUAUGGCCUCUAUCCACGCUCCGGGACGUUGCUGCAACUGCCAAAGAAGCAGGGAUGGCAACACAUAUGGAUGGCGCCCGCCUCUUUAAUGCUGUUGCUGCUACUGGAAUUUCGGCAGCUGCAUAUGCUGAAUCUUUCGACUCGGUCUGGAUUGAUCUAAGCAAAGGGCUUGGGUGUCCGAUAGGGGCUGUUCUAUGUGGAUCUGCGGACUUCAUUCGAAAGGCGUGGCGGUUAAAGCAGAGGUUUGGAGGAGCAAUGAGGCAAUCUGGUAUCAUCGCAGCAGCGGGGCUCUAUGCUCUCGACCAUAAUAUUAAACGUCUUUCGGAGGACCACGAAAAUGCCAGGUUGUUGGCCAAAUUAUUGUCCGCUAUUCCCAGUGUCAGCAUCAAGCUGGACGAAGUGGAAACCAACCUGGUUUAUUUCGAGGUGAAUGAUGGGGAGGGACGCCCAGCAGCUGCGGAUUUUGUGGCAAAAUUGCAAUCUCUGGGGGUUAAAGGGGGGGCAAUGGGUCCGUCGACAGUUCGGUUUGCAACCUAUUUGAACGUCAGUGAGCAUGAUAUCAGAGCAGCUAUUCCUGCUAUUAAAAAAGCCAUGGCUUCGAUAACCGAACAAUAG